UUUAUUGUCAUAGCAUAGGCGUAUUGAAUCAAAAUCCGUCGAAAAAUGGCGAAAAAAGGACACGUUCUGAUUGGUUAUAGUAGAUAAACAUGCGCAAGAAUACAUCAUGUCUAUAGCAUCAUGGUAGCUAAUCAUCAAAUUCAGUUCUUCGUGACUGUUCAUGACGGUGAGAAAUCUGAGAAAACGUGGAGAGCAGUGGUGAGAUUACAAGAUGUAAUCCAAUGGUGACGCAUUGGAUGCAUACGUGGAUUCGUUCGCUACGGUAUUUUACGAGGCUUUUUUUGCAUCAUUUACGAAAUCUUUCGAGAUUGCUCUUCCCCGAAAAGGAGACUUCCCAGGUCAAUCCCGGUUCCUAGCGACAGGAAAAGUCCUCCUUAGUGGACGGAAGAAUGCUCCAGGACCAUUCUAAGUCGUAGAAGUGCCGCAAAAAUACAUCAGCAGUGUCCAUCUAUCAAGAAUUUCCUUUCAUUCAAAAAAGCAAGAAUGUCAUGCACUAGAAUUUUAUAUAAGAUUAAAAAGAGGCAAUGGAAGAAAUUCGUGGAAUCAUUUGACUGUAAGACUCCUAUCAGUGAUACAUGGCGUUUAAUUAAAGCCUUCAAAAGACGUAAUCUAUCAGAGCCUUCCAGUGUGAUUUCAGAUGAUAACAGGCAGAACAACCUUCUAGAAAAGGUCAAAGAGAAGGGAAUUAUACCAUCUUCCUGGAGAAUCUCACUCAUCAUCUUCCGAAGGCGAAUAAUUCUGGUUUCCACUCCAUCUCAUUUCUAUCAUGUGCGCUCAAAAUCUUUGAGAAGAUUGUCUAUUUAAGGCUGCAAUGGCUAAUGGAAUCGCAGGCGAUAUUAUCACAAAUGGGCUUUAGACUUAACAGGUGCACAGAUAGCUUGGUUACUCUCAUAAACAACAUCCAUACAAGUUUUCUGGCGAAUGAAAUCGUCGCGGCAGCUUUUUUAGACGUAACUGGCGCUUUUGACAACGUGCUCUGAAGCAGUCCUCUCUGAGAUCCAGAAAAUUGGAGUUCCCAUAAGACUCGGCAAAUUCAUAGAAAACAUCAUCACUCAUAGAAGUGUAUACUUUAUUGAGAAGAGUCAUCUUAGCGAGGCUCUGUAUAUAAGAGAAUUCCUCAAGGUUCGAUGCUCAGCUACUUUUCAAUAUUAAUAUUCGCGAGAUGGAUCUUCAAUUACACCUUGGAAUUUUUUGUAAUAUGCGGACGACAUUGUGAUCUACUCUUCUUCGACAAAUCGGAGAAGCUGUUGCCAAUCUCCAAUCUUUACUUAAUUUAUUUGUGCCUUUCGAAUAAAGGUCUAGAGUUAUCACCAACCAAAUUGAAUCUUAUUUUCCAAC